AUGACGCUAGCCUCUGAAGUGAGUGAUGAGAUCUCUUUAGAUAACGUUUCUCCUAUUUUUAAUGAAAGCACUGCUUCUAAACCAAUUAGCGUUGCUGCGGUCGUAACAACUGGGACAGAUAAUAUUGACCCCAGUGUGCUACAAAAUUUCUUAGAUGAGACAAUUUUGAAAUCUGUCACUUUAAAGCAAUUGGUAAAGAAUGCAGACGUGCUGAAUAAGAGUUUGUGUCAACAUCAUAUUGCUCUGAACGCUAAGCAGUCGUUUCACUUCCAGGACUAUAAGCAUAUUUCCGAUGAAAAAGGCAUAUAUGACCCAGUACCUCUUCUAAGGGUUGUGUCACAAUUAGACGUACUACCUCCUAAAACAUUUACGGCGAAGACUGGGACGAAUUUUGGAAAUGACAACGAUGCAGAAGCUUAUUUACAAUUCGAAAAGCUAAUUGAUAAAAAGUACUUAAAAUUGCCCACUAGAGUAAAUUUGGAACUAUUGAAAGGUACGAAAAUACAUUCCUCAUUUUUAUUCAACUCGUAUUCUUCUCUCUCUCCUCAGUCAAUCUUAAAUUUGAAAAUUUUCAGUCAAUUUUACAAUUGGAACACAAAUAAAGGUUUAGAUAUCGGUCAAAGAGGAGCAAGAAUAUCUUUGAGGUAUGAACCGUUGUUCUUACACCGGGUAUUACACAACCCACGCUCUAAUGAACGUCCAACGUUGUUUCAUGAGUGGUUCUUAGAGACUUGCUGGAGAUCUACCAAGAUAUGCUCUCCAGGUACUAGGGCGCCAUAUAUGUAUUCAGAUACAAUGUUAUCUCAGGCAGGCGAUCAAUUGAGGACUGUGUUGGGGCACACAUUCGUCCUGGACAAGAGGGAUCAUACUAUGUGCCCCACCAAGGGCUUGAUGUUAAAGUGGAGUAAUGAACUAUCACCAGGAAAAUAUUUGAAGACUCAAUUGGAAUUGAAUAAUGUAAAAAGUUGGUUGAAUGACGAUUUUAUUACUUUUUCUACAACCUUCAAAACCGGAUAUCUAGAAAAUAUAUCUUCACAAAGAUCUUUGCCUAUACAUAUAUGUGAUAAAUUUCAAAGUGGUGGACCAAAUGAUAUUAGAAGUUUCCAAACAUUUGGAUUGGGCCCCAGAGAUUUAUAUGAUACGAUAGGCGGUGAUGCUUUUGUUUCCUACGGUGUCAGUGUAUUUUCUCGCUUGCCUUGGGAAAAAGUCAAAAAAUCGAACUUCAGGUUGCAUUGGUUCUUCAAUGGAGGUAAAUUAAUCAAUCAUGAUAAUAUGUCCCUGAGUAAUUGCAUGGGCCGGCUUUCCAAAGAACACUCUACUUCUACAGGUCUCGGACUUGUACUAAGGCACCCAAUGGCAAGAUUCGAACUUAACUUCAGUUUGCCUAUUGCUGCUCAUGAAAAUGACUUGAUGAGAAAGGGAUUCCAGUUCGGGCUCGGUCUCGUAUUUUUGUAA